UUGCUCUGGGCUAUUUGAAAAUGUGGACUUUGCCAUUUGGAAAUAUUUAGAUUCAAAGAGUCUGGAAAAACUCUACGACUGAAUCGCUGAUUGUUUUUCAAGGGAUAAACGUCUAUUGUUUUUCUGCUGAAAGCUUUUGAAGAGCGGGAAUGGGUGCUAAUUUUACCCUUUGCUGCUGUCACUACUAUCUGGUGCAGAACAAAGAGGAGAAGAAGGCUAUCCUGCGUAUGAGGACCACUUCAGGGCGCAGACCACCAGAGGAGAUAUCCAGUGAUUCCAGUGACAGUGAGAUAGAGGAGGAAAGCCUCUUUGGACCACAAUGUUUGGAGAAAAAUCCAAAGAACAAACAGCAGAAUCAAAGAUUAACAGUGGAUCAGUGGGUUUAUUCCAACAGAGCCGACGGGUCUCUGAUCAGAAGUGGAUCGGACAGAGAGCUGCAGGCCUUCAUCAACAUGAGAGACCAGGCUGAUAAGGCAACAGAGGAAUGGGAGAAGCUGAAUUAUGACAUCCACACACUGCGCUACGCCAGGCGAGAAGUCAGAUCUCGAUGGAAGAAAAUUUUACUACAGCUGGGUUAUCAGUGUGAGGUGGAUUCCCUGCUGUGCGUGAACAGACAGAGCCAUUUCAGGCCAAAUCAAGAACAUUUUGGCAAAGCUGCUGACCUUUUGAAACAGCUGCUGGAUCACACCUCUCUGUUUCCUCCUAGAACAGAACAUCAUAACAGAUACCUGACCGCCUGGUGUCACUGGACAGUGCAGAGGAGUUUAUUAAACUGGCCAAACAAAAAUAUCCCAAGAAAGAAGACUGAGAGGCAAAACAAGCAGGAACAAAGGAGAAAAGUUGAAACAGCAUUUCAACUAUGUCUGCACUGUUAAAAGACUGAAGUACAGGGUUGAGCAAACACUUUAAAAUGUUGAAUUUUUACUAUAUGUUGCUUCUGAAGAGUCAGAUAUUUUACAAUCUUUUAAAACAGACUCGGGCUGCACAGUGGCGCAGUUGGUAGAGCUGUUGCCUUGCAGCA